AUGCUGUCUUGCCGUCUCCAGUGCGCGCUGGCCGCGCUCUCCAUAGUUCUGGCUCUGGGCGGUGUCACCGGCGCGCCCUCAGAUCCCCGACUCCGUCAGUUUCUGCAGAAAUCCCUGGCUGCUGCCGCUGGGAAGCAGGAAUUGGCCAAGUACUUCUUGGCAGAACUGCUCUCUGAACCCAACCAGACAGAGAACGAUGCCCUGGAGCCUGAAGAUUUGUCCCAGGCUGCUGAACAGGAUGAAAUGAGGCUGGAGCUGCAGAGAUCCGCUAACUCAAACCCGGCCAUGGCACCCCGAGAACGCAAAGCUGGCUGCAAGAAUUUCUUCUGGAAGACUUUCACAUCCUGUUAA